AUGGCUCGGAGAAAAGCCCAGUCUGACGAUUUCGACGAUUCCCCUGCACCGAAGCGUUCCCGCCGAGAUGAAGUCGACGAAGAACCCGAGAACGGCACCCCCUCCAAGCGGAGACGGUCAUCUGCAAGGGCACAGGAGCCCACGAAUGGCGCCAACUACGAUCCUUACGAAGUACCCGCUGAUGAUGAUACAAACGAGGUCGAAUCUGCCCCCGAGACACACACCCCAACAAAGCGAAGGGGCCGUCCGCCCAAGUCCGCAACCCCGGGCGGCGCAGGUGCCGUCACGCCCUCGAAACUACGCCAGGUAAACACAUUGGUCACGCCAGUAAAGGCAACAGGUUCGAAUGGCUUCACACCACGGAGGAGACAAGCAGCAGACCGCUCCGCGCGGCGAAAGAGUGCUAGGGCUUUGAUCCAGCGUGUCGUCGCCGACGAUGACAGCGAGGAGGAUGAGGAUGGUCUUGAGCGUGAAAUCUACGAGUCGAGCGAGGAAGAAGAGGAAGAGGAGGACAAGACGGAACAGCGGCAAGAGGCACCGGCGGUGGAAAAGCUCCCAGAACCAGAAACACCAUCAGCUACACCGUCUCGUCGACGAGGCCGCCCACGCAAACAGCCAGCACCUCCGAAGUCACCAACGCCUCCCCGUGACCUGGCACCCCAUGAGGUCUACUUUGAGCACAAUAAGCCCGGCCGUGCAAAGACAUCUCACAACACUCUUGCAUCCCUCGAACUGCUUUCACAUGACGAGUACUUUGACCAGCUUCGCGCCCGCGAAGAGCCGCACGCCGAGGACCUGGAAUAUCUUCAAUCCCUCUACGAGUCGUCGUUUGAGCAGUGGCGCUUUGAGAUGGCGCAGGGUUUCGGGCUAUGUCUCUUUGGUCAAGGUUCCAAGCGCGAUUUGACGGGCAAGCUGGCUGCGCAUCUCUAUGCUGAGGAUUCCGAUGCACCCAUAGUUGUGGUCAACGGCCACGUCCGGACUAUCACAGCGCGCGACGUCUUCACAACAGUCGCUGCGGCCAUGAGUCCAAACUUGAAGCUCCCCGCGCAACCGGCAGGCAUGCUACAAACGUUGUCCUCCGCCCUGAAGUCUCAUCCCAAGCCGGUGACGGUCAUCCUGAACUCCAUCGAUGCCGCACCCCUGCGUAAACCAGCAGUACAGCAGCUCUUGUCUCAACUUGCAGCACACCCGCGCAUCCACUUCGUCGCGACGGCAGAUACACCCUCUUUCCCGCUCCUUUGGGAUGCCGCGCAACGUACUUCCUUCAACUUCUUGUUCCACGAUUGCACCACGCUGAAGCCCCUGGACGUGGAACUCGAUCCCGUGGAUGACGUCCACGAGCUCCUCGGCCGCAAGGCCCGGCGGGUCAACGGCAAGGAGGGUGUCAUGUUCGUGUUGCGGUCCCUGCCAGAAAACGCAAAGAAGCUCUUCGAGCUGCUCGUCACCGAGGUCCUCGUCGCCAUGGACGAUGACGGUCAAGGCUUGGCGGCGGAGAACCCUGGUGUGGAGUACCGUAUGGUGUACAAUAAAUCCGUGGAGAACUUCAUCUGCACUUCAGAGGUGGCUUUCCGCACUUUGCUGAAGGAGUUUCACGACCAUCAGAUGAUUACCAGCAGGAAAGACGCUCUUGGCACGGAAUUGCUGAGUGCCCCGUUCAGGAGGGAGGAGCUUGAGGCCAUCCUUGAGGAUUUGAUGGUAUGA